AUGCCUUCCAACGCAUUCACCACAGGCCUUCUGGCUCUGCUCGUCGCUGGUGGCCAGCUUGCUGCCGCCCACAUGGAAAUGCAGUUUCCUGCCCCUCUCCGGUCCAAGUACAACCCGAACGCAGUCAACAUCGAUUACUCCAUGACGGCCCCUCUCAGUGGUGACGGCUCCAACUAUCCUUGCAAGGGCUACCUAUCCGAUAUUGGUUCCGCGGCAGGCAAGAGCACGGCCACGUUUGCUCCCGGUGGCACAUACAACUUCACCAUCGUCGGUGGUGCGGCUCACGGUGGCGGCUCCUGCCAGGCGAGUCUGAGUUACGAUGGAGGAAAGACGUUCACCGUUGUCCAGUCCAUCGUUGGCGGAUGCCCACUCUCGUCUAGCUACCCGUUUUCGAUUCCAUCAGACGCCAAAACCGGCGACGCCAUCUUUGCUUGGACCUGGAACAACAACCUCGGAAAUCGCGAGAUAUACAUGAACUGCGCCGCCGUCACUAUUGGAGGAGGCAGCAGCAAGCGUGAGCCGCUCGCAGAGCGCGCUGUGGCAUUCUCGUCCCGCCCUUCCAUUUUCCUCGCCAAUGUCGGAAACGGCUGCAAGACGGUCGACAGCGCCGAUGUCAUCUACCCCAACCCUGGACCCGAUGUUGUCACUAAUAAGGGUGCUACGCAGUCACCGCCAACAGGAACCUGUGGUUCCGCUGCCGCUGCCGGCUCGGGUUCGGACUCUGGAUCUGGCUCUAGCUCCGGCUCCGGCUCCGGCUCUGGCUCUGGAGCGGGUUCGAGCUCAAGCGCUGGCGCUGGUGCUGGCGCUAGCACGUCGACUUCUUCGGCGCCGGCUUUCGCUGCACCAUCCCCAACCACCACGGCGGUGCCAACAGUGUCUCCUACUUUGCCUGGGUAUACGACGCCUGUUGCCGCAGUCCCCACGACGCUGCAGACCGCCACCAAGGCCAGCUCCGCUGCUGCCCCCCUUGGCACCGGCACCGGCACCGGCACCAGCACUGGGUCCGGCUCGAGCGCGGCUGGAACCUACUCUCCUGGCACAGCCUGCACCAACGAGGGCGCUUGGAACUGCAUCGCCGGCAACGCCUUCCAGCGGUGCGCCAGCGGCAGCUGGUCGGCGGUCAUCUCUAUGGCCGCCGGCACCAAGUGCACGGCUGGCGUCAGUGACACGUUUGCCAUCAGCCGUCGCGGCCUUGGCCGGGCACCGCGCCGCAAAAUCAACCUCUACGAUUAA